CGUUCUUCUAUUUGAUCUUUUUUUCUCUCUUUCUCUCUUUCUCUUUCUCUCUCUCUCUCUAUUUUUCUUUCUUUCUGUCUUUCUCUCUCCCGUAUUUCUUUUACCCCGUUUUCUUCUUUUUCUUAUCCCUAAUUUUUUUUUCCUUUUCUUCUUCCUCUUUCCUAUCUUCCUUCAUUCCGUUCAUGUCUCGUCCGAUGGUUUCGAGCUACGUUCGAAACGGUUAGAAAUUUUCUUUCUUUAUUACUUUCUUUUUCUUCCUUUUUCUUUUUCGUUUUGUUUCGUUUUCUUUUGGUUUAUUUUAUAUCAUUUUACUUCGUUAUAUUGGUUUCACGUUAGUUUAUUUUAUCGUCUGCCUUUUUUACUUUCUCAUUUUUGUAAAUAUAUUCCUAGUGUUACGAAUUUUCGCGCGUGAAAAAUUAUCGAUCGAUCGGAUUGUCGAUCCUAUUGUCGAUAUUAUUAAUGAAAUCGAUACCGUGAACGUUGCGAACUCGCUUAUAUUUGGGAAAUUGAUUCGAAGUAAAAAAAAAAAGAAAAGAAGAAAAAGGGAAAGUAAAAACAAAGGCAAAAGAAAUAAAUGAUGGAAUAAAAAAAUUAAAAAAAAAAAAAAAAGAAAGAAGAACAAGAAGAACAAGAAGAAGAAGAACGAGAAGAAGAAGAAGAAGAAGGAAAAGUAAAAGGGAAACAAUAGAAAAAAAAAAAAAGAAAAGAAGGAGUUAAAAGAGAUAUGAGAAAGGAAUGAGAAAGUGUUGUAUAGUGGUAAGGCGAACGAAAAGGAUCAGGAAAGAAGAGUCGAGUUAAAGGAAAAUAAAGGAUAAAAGAUAAAAAAAGAAGUAAGGAUUUGAUAUAAAGAGGAAGCGAGGAAGAGAAAGAGAGAGAGAGAGAGAGAGACAGAGAUAGAGAUAGAAAUAAAGAUAUAGAGAUAGAGAAAGGCAAAGAGAGACAAAGAUAGAGAGAGAGAGAGAGAAACAGAGAAAGCCGAUUCUAGUUCUCUUCUCUUCGAACUUGCACGAGCUUAUCCGUAGGAAGAUAUAGAGCCCAGAGAAUCGGUUUACGAUAGAAGGAUUCCUCGGGAAGAGAUCGAAGCCGAUUAACGCGAUCGCCUGUAAUUAGCGAUCGUAAAAGCUCCAGUGGGCUGUUCCCAAUCUGCUUUCGUGACCGAUCGUUUCCUACGAGAAGAAGGAAGAAGGGUGGCCAAGAAGGGAGGAACAGUUCGUAGUUCAGGAGUGGGGGGAGGGGAAGAAGGAGAAGCGAAAAAAAAAGGAAAGAGACGAGAAAGAAAGAGGAAGAAAGAAAUAAAAGAAGCAAAGUGAAUUUGGAGUUGGAAAGGUGAGAUCCAUCCCAUCUCAUCUCAUCCGAUCCGAUCCGAUUCGAUUCGAUUCGAUCGAAGUUAGAAGAAGGAGGAAGCUCAUUUUGCAAAACCCUUUUCUAACGAUUUACAAGCGUCUUCAGCGUUGACCUUUAACCCCACCGUCGCCACUGUCCGUCCCGCGAAUCGAACGAUCGGAGGUUUCAAACGCGAACUUCGAAAAGAUGCAUUCGCAUAGGAAAAAGUGAGAACUCCGUUCUGUGUGCCCUUUUUUUUCUUCUUUGUCUCUCUCUCUCUUUUUUUUCCUUCCAUCCUUUUUUUUUCUUCUUCUCUUCCUUUCCGUCGAUUCCCGCGAAGCGACGCGACGCGACGCGAAGCGAAGCGAAACGACGAUUAUAGUUCACUCUGAUUCGUUCCUCGCCAUUCUUUGUCAUCGUGAUAUUCAUCGUCAAGAAAAGGGCUUGCCGAUCGAGGAAGAACAAAGAUGUGCCCAACCCGUUCUCUACUACUUUUCUGCGUCCUCGGUGUCUUCCUGAUUAUAAACGAAUCCGAGGCAAGCUGGGAGGAAUGGUGGACCUACGAUGGUAUUUCGGGACCAUCGUUUUGGGGUCUGAUCAAUCCGCAAUGGUCCCUGUGCAGCAAAGGAAGACGACAAAGUCCCAUCAAUAUCGAGCCCGACAAGCUGCUUUUUGACCCCCACUUGAGACCGGUGCAUGUCGAUAAGCACAAGGUUUCCGGACACUUGCACAACACCGGCCAGUUUCUGGUCUUCCGAGCGGACAAAGAGGCCAAAGUAAGAGUCAAUAUAACGGGUGGUCCGUUAGCUUACCAUUAUCAAUUCGAAGAGAUCUAUAUUCAUUACGGAUUGGACGAUAAUCAUGGCUCCGAACAUCGCGUCGACGAUUAUGCUUUUCCAGCCGAGAUACAGGUGUACGGAUUUAACGCCGAGCUCUAUCAUAACAUCAGCGAGGCGCAACACAAGAGUCAAGGAUUAGUCGCAAUUUCGCUAAUGGUCCAGCUCGGUGAAACGUUAAAUCCAGAACUACGUAUUAUCACGAGCGUAUUUAGCAAGGUUCUUCACAGAGGCGAUACGGCACAGGUGAGCUAUCUGUCCUUGAGAAGUCUACUUCCGGAUACGAAUGGUUACAUGACCUACGAAGGCAGUACAACGCAUCCAGGAUGUUGGGAAACUGCAGUUUGGCUGAUCCUUAACAAACCUAUUUACAUUACCGCGCAAGAGUUGUAUGCCCUGAGGAAACUCAUGCAGGGUCCCGCCAGCGCCCCGAAGGCACCCCUCGGUAAUAAUUCCAGACCCUUGCAAGACCUUCAUCAUAGGACUAUACGAACGAACAUCAAUUUCCGCAAGAGACCAGACGCGAAAUGUCCGACGAUGGCGCAGGAUAUGCAUUAUAGAGCCAAUGCUUGGCGAGACGACAGAUCCUUGUCUCACAACGUCGUUUGAGUUGUUCGUACGAUCACGCGCUUUCGAUGGGACACCUUUUCUUUUCCAAGAAGGUGGCGUAGAUGGAGACGAAGGCGGAAACGGAGACGGAGACGGAGACGGAGACGAAGACGAAGACGGAGACGGAGAAGGAGGAGGAAGAAGAGGAGGAGGAGGAGGAGGAGGAGGAGGAGGAGGAGAAGAAGAAGAAGGAAGAAGAAGAGAUGGAGAAGAAGAAGGAGAAACGAAAAGGAACGAACACGGACGAGACUCGAAGUUUAAUCGCGAGAAAAUAAAGACCGGACUGACUGACUGCACUCGGAAUCGGUCGACGACUCGCUGCUCGUCUUCUUCGUCGUCGUCGGACUAGAAAAGAAACUAUGUACUUGUGUUUAAGAGUGUAGAUGUGUGCGAGUAAGAAUCCAGACGCGUCGACAUGGAUGAAAAAGAGAAAGAGAGAUAGAGAGAGAGAGAGAGAGAGAGAGAGAGAGAGAGAGAGAGAGAGAGAGGAGAAGAGAAGAGGAAAAAGGAGAAAAGAUAUUCCUUUGUUCUUUCUUUCUUUCUUUCUUUCUUUCUUUCUUUCUUUCUUGCUUGCUUGCUUUCUUUUGGUUCUUUACUCUCUUUCUUUUUUUCUUCAUUCUUUCCUUCGUUCCUUCCUUCCGACGGGAUGUGUUCCUUAUGAAUAAAAAAUUUUAAAAUAACAACAAAAUCUUUUCCGAGUCCAAUCUGCUUCGAGUAACGCGACCGGACAACCAAUUCGCACAACAAUCCUAAAUACUUGCGUUGAACGAUAAAUUUGAGGGGAAAUAAUAAUGUAAGGAUUUAAUGAUCUUGCGUCGUUGCGAUUGUUUUUCAUUAUUUCUUUUAUAUAUAUAUAUAUAUAUAUAUAUAUAUAUAUAUAUAUACAUAUGUGCCGAUAUAUAUAAAUAUAUAUAUAUUUUUUGUUUUUUUUAUUCAUUUUCUACAAUCAUCCAUGAGAAUACAUCUAACUAUCCUAAUCGCCAAGUGAUUUGUAAAGUACGAAACUUGAAGAGUUCGUCGAAUUUGAAUAUGGAGGUUAAAGGGUUAGAACAAAAAAAUAAAAAAAGAAAAAACAGAUAAAAAUAAAUAAGUAAAAAAAAUAAAAAAAUAAAAAAAAAAUAAAUAAAUAAAUAAAUAAAUACAAAACUAAAGAAAUAAAUGACAAAUGACACACACACACACAGAUAUGCGUCCGCGUGCAACGCGACUGAGAAUUUAUUUCUUAAGCAACCGAGCGCUUAGAUGUUGUACUUAUGUAUAAAAUAGUUUAUAAGGGAUAAGAAACGGAAAAGGAAAAAAAGAAAUAAAAAGGAAGUAAAAAAUAAUAAAAAAAAAAUCAUAAAAAUAAGAAAGACAUAAUAAUAACAAUAACGAUAACAAAGGUAAAAAGAAAAAAUACACACACACAAAAAAAAAAGAAAAAAAUAAGCAAACGGGCGAGGUGCGAGAAGAAGGAAAAGGAGAGGCGACGAAACGACGAAGUUACUUCGUCGUUUCGAAGGGGAUGAUUGGGGUGGGGUGGGUUGGGGAGAGAAAGGAAGCGACGAUCGUUGUCGAAAAUUGGGUCGACUUACACUUGACAGAUUUUUGUCAAUUAUUUUCUAGACAAGUAAUCGCACGUGAAAUUCCAGACGAAAAGUAAGAAGGAGGGUUGUCAACGUGAAAUUGCAAAGAACAUGAAAGGAAGCAAAGGAAAAAAAGGGGGGGGGAUGGGAGGGAAAGGAGGGGUAGUAGGAUAGUAGGGGUAGGGGAAGGAAGUGGGACAGAUUAGAGUCCGUUCGUGCAAAAAUUCGUGUUCGAGGAGGAGCAAAGGAAAAAAAGAAAAAAAGGAAAAGAAGAAGAAGAAAAAGAGAAAAAAGAAAGAAAAGAAAAGAAGAAAAAAGGGGAGAGAAAAGGGAAACAAAAAAAAAUAGAAAAGACGAAGAAGAGGAAGAGGAAGAAGAAGAAGAAGAAGAAGAAGAAGGAGAAGAAGGAGAUGGAAAAGGAAGAAGAGUUAAAAGAGGAUGAGAAGAUAGAGGAAGAGUCCAAAAGAAGAAGGAAGAGAGACGUUUCCGAGUAAUCUCGUAAUAGCUCGCAAAUAGGGUCGGUAGUAUAAUAGACGAAAAAGGGAAAAGGAUUUCGAACGCGAACGGGGGAUAGGUUGAAAGGAAGCAGCGAUCGGAAGUAGACGAAGAGGAGGAGACUAAGAAAGGAAGAGAGAGAGAGAGAGAGAGAGAUAAAAAGAAUCGGUCUCUCUUCGUAGCAUCGCGUACGUAGAGGAUGGGGAACGAUUAAAAUCAACGCUUUUGUAUAUAACGUAUGUAUGAAUACGUGCGCAGUACGUAAAUCUAGGCGUAUGUAUGUACGAUAUGGGCAGUGAAUAAAAAACAAAAAAAAAACAAAAAAAAACAAUGAAAGGAAAAAAAAUAAAAUAUACACGCACGCACGCAGGCACGUAUGUAUGCGCGCGCGCGCGCCUACACACGUACACAAACAUAGAACACACGCGGCAGAGAGAUAGGACAAAUACACAGAUAUUAAAGAAAGAAAGAAAAAAAUAAUAAAAGAAAGAAAGAAACCAACCGAAUAAACGAACGAACGAAUGAACUAACAAACAAACAAACAAACAAACAAACAAAUAAACAAACAAACAAAACGCUAGUGCGAAAGAAAAAACAGUGUAUAGUAAAUGAAACUGUAUAAAUAAAAUACGGGGGUGAUCGAGGGGUUUAACGAAUAACGAUAAUAAUAAACGCAACGUUAUAUUGUA